CUCGACUUCAACCGCACCCUCGGCACUCUACAGUCAUCACCUCACCACGACCCGCAAAGAUGGCAUUCAUCUACCAAUAUCGGGGCUUGCGACGCUAUGUGAACGAGCUGGUCGACGACGCCAGUCGCGUCCAGCACGAAACAUCCGCCGCGCCCCAGCAAACUUCCCCGAUAUUAUGAGGUAUCCUGGGCCACCCCACACGAUCCUUUCAACCCUCAACAAUGGUCCAAGACGCGACGAGUGUUUGCCACCAUGUGCGUGUGCCUGAUUGCUCUGGUCACCACCAUGGCUUCGGCAAUCGAUUCCGCCGUGCUAUCUGAAGCUUCCCAACACUUUGGUGUGGCACAGGUGGCCGAGUCCUUGGCAACUGGUCUUUACUUGAUAGGCUUUGGAGUUGGGGCUCUUAUCGCCAGCCCGAUGUCGGAAAUAGUCGGGCGAUUUCCGGUCUACAUCGGCGCUCUGGUUAUCUUCGGAGCUUGGAUUCUGGGAGCGGCAUUGGCCCCGAAUUUUGGGGCGCAGCUGGCUUUUAGAUUCCUGGCUGGACUCUGUGGUUCGGCUCCGUUGACCGUGGCCGGUGGCUCUAUCUCCGACGUUUGGAGUACUCUGGAGAAAACAUUCGGGUUUCCGAUGUUUGCCAUUCCGGGAUUUGGAGGUCCUAUUCUUGGUCCUGUCGUGGGAGCAUACAUUGGAUACAGCCCCCACAUCAAUUGGAGAUGGGCUGAGUGGAUCAUGCUCAUCUUCGACGGCCUAGUGAUUGUCAUCAUCUUUCUUUUCAAGCGUGAGACAUUCGCCCCGCAACUCCUUUACUACAAAGCUAGGUUCUUCCGCAAAGCGACCGGCGACGCGCGAUUCAAAACAGCGGCCGAGGCCUCUGGAACGGGAGACUUGCUGCCUGUGUUGGUGAGGAACUUCACUCGUCCGUGGCAGCUGCUCAUGGAGCCCAUCGUGAUCUUCUUCACUUUGUACUUAUCCAUAGUCUACAUCGUACUCUUCACGUUCCUAGACGGGUAUGUUUAUAUCUUCGCGGAAGUAUAUGGGAUCAAUGAGGGCUUGGCCAACAUUUGCUUCCUGGGUCUUUUCAUCGGUAUUCUCACUAGCAUGGUUCUCGUUCCGAUCCUGUAUCAUAGAACAGCCAAGCAAUUGCGCGAUGCUGGAGACGAUGGUUCUGGUCGCUUGUUGGAUCGGGAGUCCCGACUUUUCUUCGCUCAAAUCGGAGCCCCGGCAAUUCCGAUCGGUCUUUUCUGGAUGGGUUGGACUGACUAUGCUUCAAUCUCUAUAUGGUCACCCCUCGCAGCCUCGGUCGCUGUCGGGUUUGGAGUCAUUUGCAUCUUCCUCUCCGCCUAUAUGUACAUCAUCGACUCUUACCAGCAGUACGCAGCAUCUGCACUUACCUUUGUCGCAUUGGUACGAUAUCUCGCUGCAGGAGGAAUGACUGUCGUGGGAGUGCCGAUGUAUCGUAACCUUGGUACUCAUUGGACACUUACUGUGCUUGGGAUAAUCAGCGCUGUGGCUGCGCCUAUUCCCUACAUUCUCACUUUAUGGGGACCAUCUCUACGUAAGAGGAGCAAAUGGGCCACAGCUAUGUCUACCUGAGGUUCGUGACGUCUGGGCCAGUGUCUCCUGAGCCAGUGAGCAACCUGCUUGGUUUCCUUUCACAGUCAUCGUCGGAGAGGAUAUUGUGCAGGGUAUGACUUGAACGGUUGAAUGGAACGAGGCGGUCACUUUGACAUAGAUACAGAGCUUUUGAUGAACAGUUUAGAGGGUUUUGUUUGCGAGUGGGAUAGAGGUGUUUGCAACGUGUCUGAAAUUUGCAUAGAACUGUCGUGAUAUAGAGGUCGACUUUAUAUAAACAAAGUGACUG